GUCAUUCUGCCGGGUACCGUUCGGGCCGGUUUUAAUAAGACUGCUCUUGCCUCACUCAGACCGACUUAGACACUUUCCUCAUCCUCUUGCCCCUCUCGUCUCUGAGCUCUCUCCUCCUGCCCGCGAGUGUACCUCCCUCCCUCAUAGUUGCCGUGCAUCUCUGUCGACCUGACCUUCUUGGAAUCGCUGAUCUCAAAAACUCAUCGCAUCGCUCGCGUUCCGACGUGUCUCUCUGAGAUUCUGCCUCCCUCCUUCGCCUCGUCUCUCCUGUCUGCGGCCCUCUUAAUUUUUGAAGUGAAAUGCAAAAGUACGGUUUGCAGCUGAGGGUACAACCCCAGCAGGCCAAAAAGCCGCCAAGACCUCCUCUUCAGGCGCCUCUUGGGUUUCAUGAUGAUGAUGAUGAGGAUAAUGUUGAAAAGGAGAUUUCACGGCAGGCUACCAAGAACAAGUCUCUUAAGGAUAUUGAGGAGCAGCAUAAGAAAGCAUUGGAAGAAGACCCUUCAGUUUUCGAUUAUGAUGGAGUUUAUGAUGAGAUGAAACUAAAAAUUGCUCAACCACGAGAACAAGAUCGUGAAGAAAGAAAGCCUAAAUAUAUUCAAGCUUUGAUCAAGAAAGCAGAACAACGACAGCGAGAACAUGAGAUCAUAUAUGAGAAAAAACUUGCUAAAGAAAGAAGCAAAGAUGAUCACUUAUAUGCAGACAAGGACAAAUUUGUCACAAGUGCUUACAAGAAAAAACUUGCAGAGCAGGCAAAAUGGAUGGAGGAAGAGCGCAUGCGUCAACUUCAAGAGGAGAAAGAGGAUGUUACUAAAAAAAGUGAUUUGAGCGAGUUCUACUUCAAUCUUGGAAAAAAUGUUGCAUAUGGUGCGAAAGACAGAGAGUCAAGGAAGCAAGAGAAACAGACUGACCUCAGGAAGCCAGAGAAAUUAGAUGAUAAGGUGUCAGCUGGUACAUCUGAAAGAGUUCAUCCUUCACAAGACUCAAAGUCAGUUAUGGAUAUGGAGUCUUCUAGCUCCACGGUGAAAGAGAGGCAUCCUUCUGUUCCUCCUAGGAGAAAUUCCGAGUCCUUAGAUCUUAAACCAGUUCCUGAUGAACAAGUUUCGGACACAUUGGUACAAGAAAAAUCUUCAUCUGAACAACCAUCGGCUAAUCAACCAAAGCAAGACCAUCAUAAACGAAAUGAGGAUGCACUUGCUGCAGCUAAAGAACGUUUUUUGGCACGGAAGAAGGCAAAGCAGCAACUGUGAAUGUUUCUUUCUCUCUGCAUGUGAUGUAAUUGAAAUUCCAAAGGAAUUACUAUUAUAUUUGUCGCUUAUCUCACUUUGUCCGGUUUUUUACUUGUUGCCUGUUCUCUCGAAAGGGUUAAUAGAUAUUUUGAUUUCUUA